AUGGAGGAGAAAGAACACGGCAAAAGACAAAACUAUGACUUCCUCAUUCCAAACUAUGACUUCCUCAUUCCAAAUUAUUACUUCCUCAUUCCAAACUUUUACUUCCUCAUUUCAAACUAUUACUUCCUCCUUCCAAACUAUCACUUCCUCAUUCCAAACUAUCACUUCCUCAUUCCAAACUAUCACUUCCUCAUUCCAAACUAUCACUUCCUCAUUCCAAACUAUUACUUCCUCAUUCCAAACUAUGACUUCCUCAUUCCAAACUAUCACUUCCUCAUUCCAAACUAUUACUUCCUCAUUCCAAACUUUUACUUCCUCAUUCCAAACUAUUAA